AAUUACUUGUACGAAGUACAAUAUACACAUUAUAUUGAACAAAAUCAAAUCACGGAUUGUUAUAUUUUCUGUGCCAUUAAUUUCCAAAAACGUAUUUUGUAUAAUAAUCGUUGAAAAUCAAAAGGUUUGGUAUUCGUAUUAAUUUUCGAGCAAAUUUUAUUUUGUAGCCAUGGAUAUAGCAACGUCGACGGAUAUUAUGAUUGUCAGUGGUAAUUCUCACUUGGAACUGGCCAAUUUGGUAGCUCGCCGACUUGGAGUGAAGCCUGCACGAUGUGCUGUUUCGUACACUACCAACAGAGAAACAUCGGUUCAAAUAAGCGAUUCUGUUCGUGGCAAAGAUAUUUAUAUCAUUCAAACAGGUUCAAAAGAUGUAAAUAAUAACAUUAUGGAACUUUUGAUCAUGGCAUAUGCAUGUAAAACUUCUUCUGCAAAAAGCAUUGUUGGCGUUAUUCCUUAUCUGCCUUACAGCAAACAAUGUAAAAUGCGUAAACGUGGAUCCAUUGUGUCUAAAUUACUGGCUAAAAUGUUGUGUUCUUCAGGAUUAACUCAUGUAAUAACUAUGGAUUUACAUCAAAAAGAAAUUCAAGGAUUUUUUGAAUGCCCUGUUGACAAUUUAAGAGCUUCGCCGUUUCUUUUACAGUACAUCCAAGAAUGUAUUCCAGAUUAUCGCAAUGCUGUGAUAGUGGCUAGAAAUCCAGGUUCAGCUAAAAAAGCCACAUCCUAUGCUGAACGUCUGCGCCUGGGAAUUGCUGUUAUUCAUGGUGAACAAAAAGAGUCUGACUCCGAUAUGGUUGAUGGACGGAAUUCACCACCACCUUCAACUUCUCGUUCAAGAACUAUGGAUGUUAGUGUUGGAGUACCACAACAUCCCGCUAAAGAAAAACCUCCAAUCAAUGUUGUUGGUGAUGUUGGUGGCCGUAUUGCUAUCAUGGUGGAUGAUAUGGUAGACGAUGUUGCAUCUUUUGUUGCUGCUGCUGAAGUGUUAAAAGAACGCGGAGCUUACAAAAUAUAUGUUAUGGCUACACAUGGUUUGCUGUCAUCAGACGCUCCUAGACUUAUUGAAUCAUCACCAAUCGAUGAAGUGGUUGUUACAAAUACUAUUCCUCAUGAAAUACAAAAAAUGCAAUGCCACAAAAUAAAAACUGUGGACAUCAGUAUUUUGCUAUCCGAAGCUAUUCGUAGAAUUCAUAACAAAGAAUCCAUGUCAUAUUUAUUCAAGAAUGUUACAUUAGAAGAUUAGUUGAUCAAUGAUAACUGCAAUUUACUUUGUUACUACAACAUAAACUAAGAUUUUAUGUUUACUAAAAAAUUUUAAAGAAAAUAUAUUAUAAAAUAUGAACAUAGGUUAUAAACUUUUUCUUCACUAAUAUGUAAUAUUUUAGUUUUUAUUUUUUAAACACAUGUUUAACUUCUUAAACUUAAUUAAUAAUUAAUAUGCCAUACUACAGUGUUGUAGAUUAUGAGACUUUCAGACUGCAUGCUAGUUUUAUAUAAAUUGCACUGAACUAGUGAAACCAAAAAAGUAGUUUUUAGUUAUCAAUUAUUAUUGAAAAAUGUACAAAAAUA